AUGGGCCUUUUCCUUGUGCUUGUUUCGUGCUACGCCUCAGCCCACGCCUUCGCUGAGAGCAUUUCCACAGACACGCCCGUUUUGCUCGUGGAUUUGGAGUGCGAGUUCGCCCCCCGAAACAGUCCAAAUAUUUCAGUUGUUCACACCGAUACAAUCCCUGCGGAGUGUCUGGAGAGGGUUCUUGUUGUAAACAGGCUUCACUCGUAUGCAGAGACUCCCGUUGAUCUCCAGAAAAGGCUCAACUUCCUGCAGGGCCUUGUCUAUAGGGGCAAGACCGUAUACGCCCUAAGCGAGUACAGAUACCGGGGAAUGCAGAAGGACAUUAUGUUUGCGGAGUACGUGGAGAGAAUGGUGGAAGCAGAAAAUAUUGUGCUAUUUAGUGGGUAG